AUGGCCUCAAAGGCUGUAGCGAAAAUCGCCGCAGGCGGUGCCAUGAAGCUCUCGACAAAACAAACCCUCCAAUCCGUCGGCAUCUGGGAGCGCAUCCGCCGCUCACUCGCGAUUGACCCCGAGCGCUCCAACGGCGUGCCCCUCAACCCUCACUUCCGCUGGCCUACGCCCGGCGGCCAAGACCCUCUCACCUACGACGACCCAGUCACCGCCCCGGCCGGCGACAUCGCCGACAACCCCUACUGGAAGCGCAACACCCGCCGCAACUACCCCCGCAUGUCCGUCGUGGGCCAGGCCGACGCCGUCGCCCUGCUGACGGUCGGCAACGCCGCGAACCCCAAGGUCGAGCUGAUCGGCGAGGAGGGUAGUAAGGCGCUCGUGGCGGCCGAGGCCGAGGGCCAAGAGAAGGGCCUCGCGAAGGUUUUCGAGGAGAAGGGUGUGGAAGCAGCGAAGGAGCUCCUCGUGGACGGAAUGCCACCACUGCUUAGCGGACAGAGCCUGAAGAAGGGCUCGUGGGAUGUGCACCCGUGGGAGGUGACAGAGGAGCAGGCUUACCCCGAGAAGUACCCUUGCCGGACGUUUCACUAG